UUUCAGAGGUGCGACUUCGACAGUUGGAGCUAACACAUGGGCGUCCUGUCACUGGACUUUGUUUUCAAGUGUAGGUUUGAGCCAGCCCGCUGGUUCACUCGCGCGUCCCGUGAAUCAUGGAAAACAGGAUCAAACUGAAAAGCACCGGCAGCGUCAGGGGAACAACAAGGAUCUUAACAAGGAAAUACCAAUAAGCCACUUUUAUCCUGUGUUUUUCCACAAAACAUGACUGGGAAUCGUGCAUCACUGUUGGCCCUUCAUUCUGUAGGACUGUGGCGACUGUUAUGGGUCUGCUUUGGAUGAUGCUCUAGUAAGCCGAGCCGGUCAAAAUUACCAAACAUUCGCUGCUGAGGUGUCUGUCUCGUUUGAUGUUGAAUGGGUGAGGGAAAAUGGAGGAUGUGAUUAUCCUGAGCUCCAGCAGUGAUCAAGACGACUCUGAUGUAGAAAUAGUCGGCUGCUUCAGUAACGUUGUGACCUAUGCUGACCCCCUGCCCCUCUCAGAGUUGCGAGUAAACGUCGACUCCGUCAUGAACGUCCCAUCGCCUUACAUUAACCUCUCAGAUCCAAGAUGGAGUUUUCCAGAGCUGAAGCUGCGGAAAAGGCUAAAUUCCACUGCUUUGACAGUGGCAGGCUUGACUGAAAGCGACACAGCAAAUCGGACAGAACUGAAGACAGAGAAAUUGCUAGAAGAUACAGGAAAUACAUAUAAAACACAAACUUCAAACAAACAAGACUUUAACUUGGAGAAGAGCUCUUCAAGAGACCCACGUGUUUUUGCACUACAGCAGGACAAUGGCAACCUAAAGCCAAAACGGAGCCGUUCUGAUUCCCAAACACAACACCAAAAACAGACUGAUGAAGCACAUCAUCACACACCAACAGUAGAAUUAAGACGGUUACCUUUUCUUGAAACUCAUGUCACAGAACUUAAAACAUUAAGGUGUUCUGUCUACUUAACCAAAGAUUGUACACAAAUGUCACUGCAACCCAGGGAACUAGACAAACAACAAGUGAACAGUGAUGGAUUCACAAGCACACAGUUAAAUGCGAAAACAUGUCUGCAUCUCCAGAGCCCAGCUGACUCUCCCUGCUCAGAUGAAAGAAGCUCAGUUGCAACCUCAGGGGAGCACAUCACUCGUGUCAAGAUGGAUGGCUUUUGCUCAUCCAUGCUCAUCCCCUCUCCAACAUCCCUGUCUUCAUGUCAGGAUAAAGCACAAGGUGUCUUCCAAAAAGAAGUCCACUGCUCCAGCCUGGGACAACUGGAAUUAGACCAAGCAGACUCGAGACAAAGUGGUCUCCCCAAUCACUCACCCCCUGACGCUCCUGCCACGGGGACGAACACUUCUGAGCCUUUUGACGUGGACUCUCUGUCUCACACACGUCCCGCAUCUCACAACAUUAUGAGACAAGUUGACCCAACACCCACAUCUGAUCUUAAACCAGCUGAGUGGCAAUCGGAGGUGGUUAAGGCUGAUGAGACCUCAAACAGUUCAGACCACUCGCACUGUGGCGUCCCUAGUGAAUCUCCUUUGUCAGUACCUAAAACUGAGGACAUGGAUGAUGGAUCUUGUACCGGGACGUAUGGAGGAGAUCUCGGACUUGACAGUCAAGUGUCUUUUCUUUGGCAAGACGGGAGAGAUGGAGAGGAGAGCAGAUUUGAUGUGGACUUCAGGUUGGCCAGUAGAGAGGACAGGCAUUUUGUGUGCCCAGUUACACUCAGGAAAAUAAUGUCCGGACCAGCUCAAGCUCUGAUUGAUAAGGAAGAUAAAGGUUUUGGAACUCCAGAGGAGCUAUGCCAUCAGAGCCUGAGACUGGUUUACAGCACCAUAGAUGUGAACUACCCAGAGGGCACUCUGGAGCUCUUGUCUGACCUAAUACAGCCUGGUUACUAUCUUCCCAGAGAUAUCACCCUCCACCUGCUGAGUGGCAUUCUGCUGGACCCACAGUGUCCUUAUCACCUGUGUGUACAGGCGUUCAAUCUGUUGAUAAGGACACAGAGACACCACAUGGCUGAUAAAACCACAGUUCCAUGGGACUGGGAGUUGUUAACCUCAGUCAUGACCAAUCAGGACCAUACAAAACGACAUCGGUGUGAGGUUGUGCGCAUGCUCCUGGAAUACGUUGUGCAGACUUUGGAGGAUGACUUCCAGGCCAAACGGUCUGCCUCUGCGCUCCACCACUCCAUCGCCAAGGCAACACUGUCAUGUGAUCAGCAGUUACCUCGCGUCAGAGAUGUCAUCAAGUGGCUCUUUUCUGCCAUUAUGAAAUCAACAGAGCACAGAGAGAGUAAUGAAGCUGCCAAAGAGAGAGAUGAACAAAUCAGAAUGGUGUCCAUCCUUCAGAGGAUGCUGUCUUUGGCUGUGGAGGUGGGCUGCUCUCCAGCUCUAAACUCAGCCAAGCUGUCCCAGGAGCUUUUCCAUAUGGUCCUUGGCAACAUACAUCUCCGGGCACACAGGAUGUUGUUGCUUGAGAGCCUGCAGAGCAAUCUGCUGAGAUGUAAGCUGUUGGAACAUCUGUUGGACUAUGCAUGCCCGCAGAAAAUCCCUCUGCCCAUGUCGCUCAGUCUUCUGCUUCACUUUAUGAAGAACUGCACUCUGGAACCAGACCCUAUGGAUGGUACUGAAAGGUGGCAGAAGUGGGAAGAGUUGGUUCAUCUCCUCUGGAUGUUGCUGCUCAGCUACAACAAAGCAAUGAAAGGCUAUCUGUGUAGCUCAGUCACUGAACAAAGAGGCAGAGCUGGCAAAUUGGUCUAUAAGCGGGACGAUAUGCUAUCCAAGCCCACCGUUUGUGAAGCUGUGGAGGCCUUCCUGUGCAGAUCUCAGGCUGAUCUCGGCCAACCCUUACCCCUCCAUGUGGAAGAGUCCCUCACUUAUCUACAGGAUCACCUACUGGAUGUCUGCCAGUGUUGAAUUAGAAAAAAAAAUCAAAAAAGCUUUGUUCUUGGAUGAAUACUAACACAUUGUAUUAAUUGAAUAUUUUAUGUGAUAGUUCGACUAUUAUUUGUACAAUUUUUGUAUUUAGAAUAAGGCUGAGCCUUGUUCUCAUAAAGUUGUAAAAUGUAUUAACAGCUGGCUUCUUUUAAUAAAUUGUAUUGUCUUUCA